GCCCUGCUGUAUGCCCGUCUCAUCCGCUUACGUGUCUCUUCGCUCGCCCACGCAUCUUUUUACUUGCCACGCGCCUUCUUGUCUGCCCGCACACCUCCUUGCUUGCCCGCCCGCCUCCUUGGAGUCUGCCUCGCCCGCACGUCUCGCUCACACUUUAGCUGACCAUCCACUCGUCUGUUCGUUCCCUAGCUGGCUUCGUGCGAGACCCGUGAACAUCGUUGUAAGGAUCGCUGGCGCGCCGAGCAACGCGAUCUGUGUCCCGUAAGUAUUUGUGCACUUGCCCGCCCCUCUGCACUCGCUCGCCCGUCUCCAUGCUCGCUCGCCCGUCUCUGCCAGUGCGCUCCGCCGCCCGUCGACCCGACUACAGAGAGCAGAGACGAUGCUGAAGAUCGGCGAGCGGGCUUACCCUGUGGAUCCCUCACGCGACCCGCGAAGACAGAGACGCUGCAGCAAAAUAGCCGCGCCGCGGCCGCUCAACGUCGGGCAA